CAAGAUGCCUGUCUACGCAAUUAAGCAUCAUAGGCAAAACACAAGUAACCCUUUUCACUUCACGUUUCAUCAUGGCAUCGCCCACUUUCCUCCAAAAUAUCCGGUUCACGUACCCUCCCUAGCAGAGCUUUUACACUAUAAUACUCUAUAAAUACCACAGUAAUCCUGUGACCCAUCUUCCAAUUGGACCUACUCUGUAGUCUCUCCCUUUUGCCUUUUUCUUUGCUUAUGUAAAGCCGUUACUCCAUCUCUCUCCGCCCCUCGCCCCUUCUCUCCCCUUAUUUAAAGCUGGUCUCUCUCCUUCUAUCUCUCUCUCUAAUUCUAUUCUUUAAACAAUGGCUGCUUUGAGGCUUAGAAGCAUUAUUCAUUUGCUUCUUUUCGUUCUUGCCUCAGAAAUCGCCCUUUGUCUCUCUUCUAAGGUUUAUGUAGUUUACAUGGGUCGCAGAACUACCGAUGACCCAGAUGAGGUUUUGAGGCAAAACCAUGAAAUGCUAACUGCCGUUCAUGGAGGAAGCAUUGAACAAGCCCAGGCUUCUCAUGUAUAUAGUUAUAGACAUGGUUUCAGAGGAUUUGCAGCAAAGUUAACUGAUUCGCAAGCUCUGGAAAUAUCCAGGAUGCCUGGUGUGGUUUCUGUGUUUCCAAAUUUGAAAAGAACUCUGCACACCACCCAUUCUUGGGAUUUUAUGGGUCUUGUGAGCGACGAAGAAAUGGAAAUUCCUGGUUACUCCACCAAGAACCAAGAAAAUGUCAUCAUUGGUUUCAUAGAUACAGGAAUAUGGCCAGAGUCCCCAAGUUUCAGCGAUUAUGAUAUGCCUCCAGUGCCCUCCAGAUGGAAGGGGCAAUGCCAAGCUGGAGAGGAAUUUAAUGCUUCAUCUUGCAACAGAAAAGUGAUAGGAGCAAGGUAUUACUUAAGCGGCUAUGAAGCUGAAGAAGAUUCAGUAAAGACAUUGACAUUCAAAUCUCCACGGGACAGUUCUGGUCAUGGAAGCCACACAGCCUCAACAGCAGCUGGUCGGUAUGUGACAAACAUGAAUUUUAAUGGGUUAGCCACAGGAGGAGCUAGAGGAGGCGCUCCCAUGGCCAGGAUUGCAGUAUACAAAACAUGUUGGGACUCUGGUUGCUAUGAUGUAGACUUACUAGCUGCAUUUGAUGAUGCAAUAAGAGACAGGGUUGACAUCUUGUCUCUCUCUGUGGGCCCUGAUGCUCCUCAGGGUGAUUACUUUAGUGAUGCCAUCUCUGUGGGGUCAUUCCACGCUGCUAGCCAUGGGAUUCUGGUGGUUUCUUCUGCUGGAAAUAGUGGCACUCCAGCCUCUGCAACAAAUCUUGCGCCUUGGAUGAUAACAGUUGCUGCUAGUUCAACAGAUAGGGACUUCAUAUCUGAUAUCAUACUAGGAGAUGGAACUAAUUUCACGGGUGAAAGUCUCACUCUUUUUGAAAUGAAUGCCUCAAGACGGAUAAUCUCUGCUUCAGAAGCCUAUGCUGGAUAUUUCACCCCCUAUCAGUCCAGUUUUUGUUUAGAGAGCUCUUUGAAUAGUACUAAAGCUAGAGGGAAGAUUCUGGUUUGCCGGCAUGCUGAGAGUUCUUCGGAGUCAAAGCUGGCAAAGAGUGUGGUAGUAAAAGAAGCUGGAGGAGCUGGAAUGAUUCUUAUAGAUGAGGCAGAUAAGGAUGUUGGAAUUCCCUUUGUGAUCCCUGCUGCAAUUGUUGGAGAGAGAACUGGUGACAAGAUUCUAUCCUAUAUUAAUCAUACACGGAGGCCAACUUCCCGUAUCUUGCCUGUUAAGACUGUACUAGGAUCUCGACCUGCUCCUCGGGUUGCAGCAUUUUCUUCGAAAGGUCCUAAUGCUUUGACUCCGGAAAUUUUGAAGCCUGAUGUCGCAGCACCUGGACUAAAUAUCCUUGCAGCUUGGUCUCCUGCAAUUGCAAAUUUGAACUUUAACAUUCUCUCUGGAACUUCUAUGGCAUGUCCACAUGUAACAGGAAUUGCAGCCUUGGUAAAGGCUGUAUAUCCAUCAUGGUCUCCAUCAGCAAUCAAAUCGGCGAUUAUGACUACUGCUACCAUCUUGGAUAAGAAUGGCAAACCCAUCAUGGUGGACCCUGAAGGAAGAAGGGGGAAUUCUUUUGAUUAUGGCUCAGGCUUCAUUAAUCCAACAGGAGUCCUAAAUCCUGGUCUAGUCUAUGAUGCAAAACCUGUUGAUUACGAAAGUUUUCUCUGUUCAAUUGGCUAUGGUGAGAGGUCAGUGCACCUGAUUACAAGUGAUAACAGCACAUGUAAUCACACGUUGGUAACAGCAUCUGAUCUAAACUACCCAUCGAUUAUAGUGCCCAAUCUUAAAGAUAGUUACACAGUCAUUCGAACUGUAACUAAUGUGGGGGAGCCAAGAAGCAUCUAUAGGGCAGUAGUAUCUCCUCCCCCUGGAAUUAAUGUUACUGUCACUCCCAAGUUUCUAGUCUUCAACAGCUAUGGCCAAAAUAUCAAUUUCACUGUGAAUUUCAAGGUGGUUUCUCCAUCAAAAGGCUAUGUAUUUGGGUCCCUAACAUGGAAGAAAAGAAAGCAAAGAGUUACCAGCCCCCUGGUGGCCCGCAUUGCAUCUUCUGAUUUUGGAUUGAUGAGAUAAUAAGGCCAAGGUUGAUUAAAUUCUGAUGAUGAAGUUAAAGACAAAGCAUGAAAAAGAAUACAAGAUGAGAUGCUAAUACACGAAUUCUUACAGUUGAUACUUUGCUUUGGAGCAAGUGGGAAGUACAGUUGCUCGGUCAUUAUUAAGGCUUUGAUUGACAUUAAACAACCAAGACAAGGUGAAGGGCAUGGCAUCUGUUAUUUUUAUGUGAUUCUUCUACUGCAGAUUGAACGACUCCUGUAUACAAACGAAAAAUUAUUAGAGGAAUGGAAAGAUUAUAAUUUUAUAUUUUGACCAA